CUCACGGACUCUGAUUCAGAGAACCCAUCAGAGGAGCUGACAGAGGUGGUUUGUCUGGAGUCAGAACUGCAGGAUGGACAGAUGAUGGAAGUUGAAGUCGGACAUCACGGUGUGCUGCUGACGCGCAGCGGGGGUAAAUACAGCGCCAUUGGGAACCAGUGUACACACUACGGCGCUCCACUUAGCAAAGGUUUUAUUUCAGGGAACAGAGUGCGCUGCCCGUGGCACGGCUCCUGUUUCAAUGUCCACACAGGCGAUCUGGAGGAAUACCCCGGUAUCGACUGUCUACCUUGCCACAAAGUCCAUAUUCAAAACAGCAAAGUGUAUGUGUCCAUAAAUAAAAAGACUCUCAGGCAGGAGAAAAGGAUAAAGCGUAUGGGCACUGCAGUGCCAGGAGUAACUCACACUGUUCUGCUGCUGGGAGGAGGAGCCGCGUCACUCAUUUGUGCUGAGACGCUGCGGCAGGAAAACUUUGGUGGCAGGAUCAUCAUGGUGACCAGAGAAGACCUCCUACCUUACGACAAAACAAGACUGAGCAAGGUGAUGAACGUGGAGAGCGACAGCAUCCUGAUGAGGAGGAUGGAGUUUUUCCAUCAGUAUGACAUAGAGGUGUGGCUCAGGAAAGAAGCGCUUUCCGUGGACACAGACAAGAAGACGGUCACAUUUGAUGAUGGUUCAGUCCAGAGCUACGACCAACUCCUCAUUUCAACUGGCUGCAGAGCAAAGGGUCUGGAUGUUCCUGGCAUGAACUUGGGGAAUAUCAAGAUGUUGGAGACGCCAGAGGACGCCCGGCAAAUCCACGCAGCCUGUACGGGCUCCAAUGUUGUCCUCGUGGGAACCUCAUUUGUUGGCAUGGAGGUGGCAUCUUACUUGACAGACAAAGCCUCCAGUAUCACAGUGAUAGGCAGCAGUGAAAUGCCGUACCAAAAUACAUUGGGUCCUGAAAUCGGCAAACUCACCAUGACGAUGCUGAUUGAGAGAAAUGUGAAAUUCUACAUGAAUGAUAACGUGACAGAGGUCCGAGGUGUGAAUGGCAAGGUGAAGGAGGUUGUGCUGAAAAGUGGAAAAGUUAUCCCAGCUGAAGUUUUGAUUGUAGGUAUUGGCACCAUGCCGAACUCAGAGUACCUAAAGGACAGUAAAAUACAGAUGACCUCAAAAAACUUUGUAAAGGUCGACAAGUACAUGCGCACCAAUGUCCCCGAUGUCUUCUGUGGUGGUGAUCUGGCCGUGUUCCCACUGGCCAUGGCUAAAAACAAGAUGGUUAACAUUGGACACUGGCAGAUGGCACAAGCACAGGGGAGAAUAGUAGCUCUGAACAUGCUAAACAAAACAACUGAACUGAACUCAGUCCCUUUCUACUGGACUGUCCUUGUGGGUAAGACCAUCCGAUACACAGGCUAUGGGGAGGGAUACACUGAGCUCGUGAUAAAAGGAAAGUUUGAGGACAGGAAGUUCCUCGCAUUGUACAUCAGGGAUGAUGAGGUCAUAGCAGCAGCUGGCCUGAACUUUGAUCCAGCAGUGUCGGCAGUAGCUGAGAGACUCGCAACAGGAAAAGUCAUCACAAAAAACGAGGCCCAAUCAGACGACCUGAGCUGGCUGCAGCUGUCCUGA